AUGCCUGCUGUAGUAGACACCUCUGACAUCUCACAAAUAUCUAUCAUGGAUUCUCAGUGGGAAACGACGGACGUCUUGAUAUGCGGCUGUGGUCCCACCGGAGCCAUGCUGUCGGCAUACCUGGGGAAGCUGGAUAUUCCAAACAUCGUACUGGAAAAGGAGCCAGAUAUCACGACCGAUCCCCGUGGCAUUGUGCUCGACGAUGAGGGUAUCCGAUUAUUGCAAGGUCUUGGCCUUCACCAGUAUAUCUUCACGGAGAUGGGAUCUUCUCCCUGCAUGCACCAGCAAAAAGAAAGAAAGAAAACUGAUAUCCCCCAGAGCGAGGGACACACGGGGCACAUCGGCAUACUGGCCCACAAACAACCAGUGAUGGAGAAAUAUCUUCGAGUAGCAAUGGGCCAAAGCAAGGUCUCCGAGCUGCGGAGUAAUUGCACCUUAAUAUCCCUGUCCGAGGAUCUGGAAUGGGUAUACGCGAUAUACACCGAUGCAUCAGGCCAGGAGAAAAAGAUCCGAUCGAGAUUUCUGGCUGCGGCAGAUGGAAAGACAGGGUUCACGCGCAAGAUGUACUUGGAGCCCAAGGGUAUCACAUUGGAUUGGGCGGAGCCAUCAAGAUACGAAGCGACGUGGGUCGCUCUCAACUGGAAAGUGCGCUUGCCGACAAAAGAGUCACAUCCUUCAUUCCCAUUGUGGAAACUCGGAUACACACCUGAGGAGGUAUACGAUCUCUUUUUCCCGGCUGACUUCCGGUUUCUCUGUAAUCCUGGUCGUUCUGCGGUUUGUGGUCGAUUCGGGCGCCUGGAAGACCGGCUCUGGCGGUUUGAGUUUGUUGUUUCUCCCAAUGAAGAUGGCACGGAGAUGGCUGGACAGAAUAAGAUCCGAGAAGUGGUUUUCCCCUACUUGACGCAUGCUGGUAGUCGUUAUGGACUAGCAGAGGACAUCAUAUACCCGGAGGACUGUAUCGAAGUCCUAAGAUCCAGGCCUUUCCAAUUCUCAGCCAGAAGUUGCAACAAAUGGGCUCUUGGACGUGUGAUUCUAUGCGGUGAUGCUGCUCACGUAUUCCCACCAUUUGGAGGACAAGGGAUUGUUUCCGGAUUCCGAGACGCCAUUUCCCUCGCCUGGCGCCUCGCCAUUGCAUGUUCAUCUCCCACACAGAACCACGAAUGCCUGUUGACCGGCUGGUAUUUGGAACGUAAACAGCAACUCGACAAAUCAUUGGCCGUUACUGUUAGCAAUGGCAGCAUGGUUAACGGGAAAAGCGUGAUCAAAAACUUCAUUCGCGAUUGGGGUCUGUGGUUUCUCCAGCUUCUCCCUGGUUGGAAGCACUGGUUAGAACUAGGGCCUCGCACGGAUGGUCCCACUCGAUAUAUUCACUCAGAAGGCAUGCCAUUCAUGCCGGAGUUUGGAGGCGGACUCUGCUUCCCACAGACGUAUUGUGUCUCACUGGGACCAGAUGCCAAUGUGCAGUUUACCGACGAUGUCAUUUUUCAAAGUGGGAAGAUAUUUCAAUUGGUUGUCUUAUUGAACGGACUGCAUGAGAUGGAUACCAUCCUGGAAGAGCUCGAAGGAAUCGAACAAGUAAAGCUGCUAUCCACCGAUGAUGCUGUUUUCUUUGUUCCUCGCACUGGAGACGACUCUCAUCCUGCGCACAAGCAAAGGAUUCAGUCUCGGAAGGUAUUCCGAACAGCCACUGGCGAUGAGUUCGCGCAGUCUCGGCUAUGUGCCGAUCGGCCUGUACCCCGAGGAUAUGAUGAGACGCUAAUAUGGAAAAGUGUCAACAAGCGGUAUGCAAUUGUGAGAAUGGACCGUUUUGUGUUCGCCGCGUGCAAUACCAAGGCCGAAUUGGCCCAGAUCAUGGGGCGACUAGCUGAGUUAUUUGACAAUUAG